CCCACUAUCUGCAUUACUUCUUUGUGAUUAUAAACAUCCUCUCAUAUCGAUAGUUCUUCAUCUGCUAAUAAGAUAUUCAGCAUUUGAAAUAUGAAUCAAUUCCUCCCGUUAUUGCUUGCCUCUUGUUUGUUUUUCAUUUCUCAUUCUCAAAUUACUUCUAAUACUUCCUCUCAGCAUGCUUGCCUCCCUGACCAAAGCUCUGCUUUGCUGCAACUAAGGCAAGAAUUUAUUGAAAAGAGAAUUUCAUUUGAUCACGUUCGUUACUUUGAUCACUCUGAUUACAUAAAUUACUACAGUAUUUCAUAUCCGAAGAUGAAGUUUUGGAAGUCAGAUACCGAUUGUUGUAGCUGGGAUGGGGUCACUUGCGAUGCAGAAAAUGGUCAGGUGAUUGGCUUAGACCUGAGCAACAGUUGGCUUUGUGGGUCUCUAAAGUCUAACAGUAGCCUGUUCAGCUUGCCUCACCUUCAGAAACUCAACCUUGCUGUCAACAACUUCUCCUCCUCCACAAUCCCAUCUGAAUUUGGCCAGCUUGUAAGGUUAACACACCUUAACCUCUCUCAUUCCUUCUUAUCCGGCCAAAUCCCGUCCGAAAUUUCAUGGCUAUCCAAUUUGGUUUCACUUGAUCUCUCUUUCAAUUAUAAUUUUCUUGGUUAUUUUUAUUUGAAUUUCAGAGUGAUUGAUCUUCAAGAAUUUGUCCAGAACAUUACAAAUCUAAGAGAACUUCAUCUGGAUAAAGUGGAAUUUUUAUCGCCACUACCUCAUUCCCUCACAAACUUGUCUUCCUUGACAUCUCUUUCUCUCCUUGAUUGCUUUUUGUUAGGCGAAUUUCCCUCAAAUAUAUUCUUGUUGCCCAAGAUUGAAGUCAUUGAUGUGUCAUAUAACUUCAUGCUCUCUGGUUUCCUUCCCAAAUUUCAACAUGGUAGUUCCCUAAAGCAAUUGCAUCUUUCCUUCACAAAUUUUUCUGGAGAACUGCCCAAUUCAAUUGGCAACCUUAAGUGGUUGAGUGUUUUAGAUCUUUCUCAGGCAAAAUUUUCGAGAAAACUUCCCAAUUCAAUCGGCAAUCUCAAGUCUUUGAAAUAUUUAGAUCUUGAUUUAAAUAAUUUUUCAGGGGCAAUUCCACCUUCUAUUGGGAACCUAUCACAACUUACUUAUCUUUCACUCCAAUCUAACAGUUUUCAUGGUCCACUCCCGUUUACAUUGGCAAACUUUGCAAAACUCAUUUCUCUGAAACUUGGCAGGAACCUUUUUCAUGGGAAAAUUCCAUCAUUCCUAGGAAAUCUUACACAACUAGAGGUGUUAGACAUUAAAUUUAACAAUUUUGAAGCCGGAUUUCCAAUUUCACUAACAAAUAUUACUCAACUCCAUGCUAUAAAUUUUAAAGGAAAUAAGUUGGAAGGAUCAAUCCCAUCUGCAAUAACUAGACUUUCUAAUUUAUCUUUUCUUGGCUUGUCAUAUAACUCACUCACAGGGGCCAUCCCCUUGGUUUUGUAUACAAUGCCUUCAUUGUUUGAACUUUCUCUAGAUCAAAAUCAACUUUCUGGCCCUCUCAAAUUCCAAAAUAUCUCUUCAUCACCAUUAAAAGUCCUGAGAUUGAGUGGAAACAAAUUGAAUGGACCGAUUCCAAGGUCAAUUACCAAUUUCACAAAGCUACAAAUUCUAUAUCUUUCUUCGAACAACUUAAAGGGCAAGAUGGAGUUCAACAUUUUCUUUGAGCUUAAAGAGCUUCAAGUUCUCGAUCUUUCAGGUAACAAUUUAUUUGUUUCAACAAGAAAUAUUAAUUCAACCCUCCCCAAGUUUUCAAAUUUGCACUUGUCUUCUUGCAAUUUGCAUGAAUUUCCUCAUUUCCUACAAGCCCAAAAUGAAUUGCAAUAUUUGGACCUUUCCUACAAUAACAUUAGAGGUAAAAUACCCAAAUGGUUCUGGAAUGUUGGAAAAGACACAUUGCAAUACCUGAAUCUGUCUUUUAACCUUCUAAGCAGUUUUGAGCAACCACCAAUAGUUCUUCCUUGGAAAAAAUUGUUACUUUUAGACUUGAGAUCCAAUAUAUUGCAAGAGUCAUUUUUUAUUCCCCCAUUGUCUACCGUUUACCUUUUUGCCUCAAAAAAUAAGAUGACUGGAAAUAUUUCUCCAAUGAUUUGUAAGUUGAAUCAUUUGCAAGUCCUUGAUCUGUCUAACAACCAGUUCAUAGGUCACAUUCCACAAUGUGUAGGUAACUUUAGCCGUUCUCUUUCAGUAUUAGCUAUGAGAAACAACAACUUUCAAGGAAACAUUCCUGAAACAUUUGUGAAUGGAUGUAGUUUGAGGACAUUAGACUUGAGCAACAACCAAAUACAAGGGAAGAUUCCACGAUCAUUAGUUCGAUGUAGAAUGCUAGAAGUUCUGAAUAUUGCAAAAAACAAAUUGAACGAUACAUUCCCUUUCUGGUUGGAGUCUUUGCCAGAGUUACAAAUUCUUGUCUUGCGAGAAAAUGGAUUUUAUGGUCCUAUAUGGGAUCCUCAUACCAAGUUUGGCUUUUCCAAGUUGCGUGUCAUAUGCCUUUCUCAAAACAAUUUCUCUGGCAAGUUACCAACAGAAUACUUCAGAACUUGGAAUGCAAUGUUAAUGGACCCUGGCAAAAACAAGUCGCAAUUUGUAUAUAUGGGAACUAAGUCCAUUUAUUACAAAGACUCAUUGACUUUAGUGGCUAAGGGAAGAGAAAUGGAAUUGGUAAAGAUCUUGACUGCCUUCAUAGCUAUUGAUCUCUCCAACAACAGGUUUUAUGGAGAAAUUCCAUAUAGUGUGGGGAAUCUAAAGGGGCUAAUUGUACUCAAUUUAUCCAACAAUAGCUUUGUGAGCCACAUUCCGUCAUCAUUGGGGAACCUAAUUUUGCUUGAAUCGUUGGAUUUGUCUCAAAAUGGACUCUCAGGUAAAAUCCCUCAACAGCUAACAAGUCUGACAUUUCUUGAAUAUUUAAACUUGUCUCAAAACCAACUUAUUGGUCCCAUUCCACAAGGUGGACAGUUUUUGACAUUUCAAAGUUCCUCUUUUGAGGGAAACUUAGGAUUGUGUGGCUUUCAAUUGUCAAAGGAAUGUGAAAAUAAUGAGACACCAACUUCUCAACCGAGCCAUGAGUCAUCAUUUGGAGAAGGUUUUAAUUGGAAAGUCGUAGUGAUAGGAUAUACCUGUGGAUUGGUAAUUGGACUGGUUAUUGGACAUGUUGUCAUCUCAAGGAGACCAAGCUGGUUUAUGAGAACUUUUAGAGUGAAUCUACAUAUGUGGUAAUGUGAAUUGACUGAUAACUACACUUUUUUCUUUCUUUCUUUUUCUUUUUCUUUUUCCUUUUUUACCUUACUUGUUUUGGAUUUAUACCUAUUGCAAUAAUUAUAUCUUUUGUGUCCAAUAAGAUAAUCAUAAGUUGUUUUA